GGCGGGGAGGGCCGGGCCGCGCCGCCGCUCGCCAGCCCGGGUCCGUGACACAGGCGGUGCCGCCGGCAGCGGGUAUAUUUAGCACUUCCAACCCCCCCCCCCCCCCCGCCGGCGGAGCCCUCCGCAUGCUCCGCGGCCGGUGCGAGCGAAGGAGCGAGCGCUCCUUGGUUGAUCGAGGCGGGCCGGCCGAGGGCAACGGCUCUGCCGCCCCACAGGUUUUCACGACAGUUCUGUUACCCUGCUGCUGCAGCCAAUGCGGAUCCGAAUGCCGUGGCUACAAAGGCUUGUUACUUUCUCAUGCUGGAUCCCUCAAAUCCAAGAGCUACUUGGCAGUUUCCAAGGCAACCACCUGUGGAAUAAUUAAAAAGGUUGAAGUGUUAGUAUGCCAGAUAGAAGGAAUUCUUUCCUGGAGAGAGCACUUCAUUUUCAGCUGUCUUGAAGAAUCAAAUGUGUUUCUGCCAGCAAAGUUAAGGGACAGGUGCAGGAAGCUACUACAGGAGAGGAGGUUUACUAACUUUUUCAAGACUUGGGAUUACACAAAGGAGCAGUAUAUUUUAGACGCUAUGGAGAAAGUUCAGAACAACAUGGUCGAAAGGAAGCUGCAUCUUCACACUGGUGCAUGUGGAAUUCUGCAUGUCCUGCCUGACACCACCAUCCCACAGCCUGUUAAGAGCUCUUCUGCUGGCUCCUGCUUUACCCUUGGACUUCGGUGUGCGGGUGUAUGUACAUACUGUGUUCAAAUGACUAUCAGCUUUUACUGAUACAUAGCACAUACUUAGUUACACAGUCUUCACUUUGUUUCAUUCUCUUAACCUUCACAGUUGCUAUGGUAGACAAUUGUGGGGAUAAUCUUGAGUAAAUUUCCUUGGCCAGUAUUAAAACCAUAAAGACAUCUAAAGUAGUUCUGUGAAAAAGGAAUUUCUUGAUGAAACUAUUUGCAAGGGACUGAAAGGGGAGUACAAAAUGAAAACCCAGUCCAACUGCAGGGAAAUGGCUGUAGGGACACUAUCAGGGGCCGGCAGCUGCCGUGUUCCUACACGUGUCAUCUCAGACCUGUUUUAACCACAAAGCAGUUAAUGUAGAAUGGUCAGCACUGCUAAGCAGGGAACGGACCUUGCUAGCAGAUGCUUACUGCUAUUUAUGUUGUGCAUUAUCUCAGUAAGUUUUGCAUCUGUCUUUGUUACAAUUUUGUUUGCUGCCUUCAAGUUCCCCUUUUCUCAUCGUGUCUAAUAAAUUAAACUUGAAUUUGCAAAAUACAACAAAGCGACAUUAGGAUGUGCCUGUUAACAGAGUAGAAUAAACUAAUUACACACCGUGAACUAACUGAACUCAUUUACUAAUUGAUGAAUUAAUUUAAUCAUGUCUGUUACAAAUAAGAGAACUCGAAUGCUGACAGAAUAAAGAGCUAACUCUCUUCUGCACUAAAUCAUUAGGGUUCCUUUGGUUUUAGUUUUCCUUAGUCUAGUAAUGGCCACAUUUUUAGAAGUAGGAUGUUAGACCAGUCAUUUGCAAUUUGGGAUUCUCCUUUGUGAUUCUGUCCUACACCACUCCCAGGCUGAUGUCUGCCUCUUGAAUUCAUUGGAAACUUUGAAGUUUCUAGUUGCUUUUUCUUAGCCAAAUAUUAGCACUAGUUCUUCAUCCUUACCUUUUUUCACUGGUCAAACAUUCAACACCAUCAAUCAUGUUGUCCAGCUCAAGAAUCUAUCCUGACUGGAUGUCUAUAAUUCUGGGGGUUUUCUGAGCUUUCUUAAUCAUAUUCUUAAUAUACACAAUGACAUUCUCUCUGUGCACAUUCGGCAUCUUCUGUCUUCCAGAUUUCCUCUGGAAUUGUAUACUUGACUACUGUCUCUGUGCAGUCAAGUUCCAGAUCUGCACCUCUGUGCAUCACUUUAUUUCUCUUCUGAGAUGUUUGCCUGACUUGUGCACAUGUGAAUUGAUAGCAAUCAGCUGCCAGUUUCAACAGAAAGGAACUUCUCCCCUGCCAACCCUCUGUAAAUGCCACAAAAAUACCUUUUUAUUUAAGCCUUUAUUUUAAAGCUAUACCUUCCUAUGAUGCCUAGAGUAGACAGGCCAUCAUGCUGUUAAUCUGCUUUUAUAUUGGGUUUUAUUGUCUCAUUAUUCCUCAUGCUUCCUUUUUUUCAUGUCUCUUCACUCUUCCUUGCCUCAGGCAGUAAACUAGAAAUGAAACUCCUUUUAUUCUGUUUUAUAUGAAGCUCCUAGAUCAGUGUGUCUUGGUCCAUGACAGGGACUCUGCCCUGCUACAGCUGCUUUACAGUGUGUCCAUUGGAAAUCACUGGGAAGGUAAAUAUCUACAUAGCUGCAGAAUCUACACAAACUGAGUUUCUCAGGUCCCACAGAAAAUCAGACUAGAAACAGAACUUCAGCCUUCCUUAUUUUAAUGCUCAAAUGACAAGAUACUGACCUCGUUUAUAGCUUCAAAAGAUGGAGCCAGUUAUGGGGAGGAGACUAGUAAGAUCACAAGUAAGUUGCAGCAAAAUGGAUAUAUGUAUGUUAUGUUUUUCUGAUAGAUAGGGACAUAUUUUUCUAAUGCGACUCAAGUUGUUCAAUAGCUGUGGUAGAUCAAAGCAAAAACUCCUCCGCAAAACAAAACUAUUUUCAAAAUCCAACAGCUGCUUUUCCCCAUCUCUUGCUUGGCUGUGUUUAAUAUGUGGAGCAUUAUGUCGUGGUCCUCUAAUCAGUUCUAUAAUUUUCAUGGUGUAUGCCAGCAUCAGUGUUUAUUAUUGAAGCACCAUGUCUGUUUUUAUCCUGGUGAUGUAUUUUGUCCUGCAACAGUAGUCAAAUACAUGAACUGAGUAGUAAAAGGGGUUCAGGAGUAAGGAUCAGUAAAUACUCAAAGCUGUGCGUGGUUGGGCAGACGUAAUCAAUUCCAGCACUGCCAGAUGUUUGCCAGUUGAUCCAGUUGACGGAGAAUUAUCCUUGUUCAGCAUGCAGUGAAGAUCCCUCUCAUUUCCUGGCUCUUCCAGUCUGUAGCACAACUUAGAGGCCACCGAUCAGUCCCUAAAAUCUUCAGGUAAACCUGUCAUUCCUCUCUCUUCAAAGCCAGAAGAAACAAGCUCUUUAAUUAGGUGACAUACCCUGGCCUAACCAAGAAGAUGCAGAAAUGGAGGGGAAUGUUAAACGGCCGGGUGGUUGUGUUUCUUUUGCCAGUCGAGGAGAUGGGCAGUUCCUGGAGGGUCUGCACGGCUCAUGGCUCUGGAACGCUAACCCUGGCAGCAGCCCUGGGGAGCUGCUGCGGUGGCCUCCCCUGCAGCGGUGGCAAGUAUCGACCGGCUGUGUUCCUGUAACACUCUUUCAUUCUGUAAUAAAAUGAGGUGAUCCAAACCGGAACCAAACUGGUAAAAAAGUACCGUAAGCGUGUGACCUUUUUCUCCUUUUAUAAGGGGAAGCUGAAGUGGAAAUGUAAACAUGCGUUUAAAUAAACCAUUUUAUAAAUUCCAGGUGCUGAUCUCAUGAGAGCACCUUGCAUAUGCCAGAGGAAGAACAUGUUGUUUGAGGGAAAACCUAUUUAUAAAUAUGUGCAAACUGAAAGGUAAAUAAUUUCUGUUUCCAGUAAGUGGAUGGAAUAUGCUCUCUGCAUUGGUUAUGUUUCCUGCUGUGAAGUAUGUAGUGUAAAUAUAUCUGGCAUAUAUUGUGUUUGGUGCUGUGCAGCACCAGUAUGUAGGAAGUGGAUAUCUUUAAAAAUUCGAUUUCUGAUUCUUUGCUUCUUCAGCAUAACAAAGAAGGGUUCAAAGGUGGUUUGGUUUGCUCUGAAAAUAUUUCUGGCUUGGGUUUUGGUUUUUUUGCAGUGUCAUACAUGAUGGGAGGAGUAAAGAAUAUUUGUCUUCAGCUGAAAGAUCCUCUGCAGUCUGUUUGUCAGGCGUGGGAAUUCAGUUGGGAUUAAAAACAAUCACUCUUGGAGUGGUCUGAUUGAAUUUCCUAUCCCUCUUAAUUGCUAUCUUUUUUUUCUGUGUGAUGAUUUUAAUUUCACUUCCUCUUCAGUAAUCGUGGAGUCUUUCAAAAUAGUCAGAAUUGCAGUUUGUAUUAUACCAGAAAAAAAUACAGAAAAAUAAACAUUU